CACCACCCACGGCAAAUAAUAAAACGUGAGUCGCUCUGUCACCUUCACUCGGUUGAGGUGGACUUGCCCAUAAACUACAGGGAAUUACUCUUCAUUUGACUACUCUAUCCAGUGAUAUGGCAGGGAGAGGAUGGGCAGCGCCACCGCCCCUACCGUCCUAUCAGAAUGUUUGGAGUGGGGGGGACCAGCCUCCGAGCUACGAGGAAGCUCUCCAGGAGACAGAAACCCAACCUCUACAGGCUGCAGCCCCACCAGUUGCCUCUGGCCUCAACCCACUUUAUCCUCCCGUACCUGCCUAUCAACCACCUGUGGCCUAUCCCCCCGCACCUGCCUAUCAACCACCUGGGCCCUAUCCCCGCGCACCUGGCUAUCAACCACCUGGGGCCUAUCCUCCCGCACCUGGAUAUCAAACACCUGGAGCCCAUGCCCCUGUACCUGGCUAUCAACCACCUGGGGCCAACUCACUCCCAAGACCCCAAAGAAGAGAAUCGCUUGAAGCUCAACGUGUCAUGAGUAAUGAGGAACUCAUGUCGUGGUGGAGAACUGUGAAACCGUGGGAGAAAAUGGCACAGUCCCCAGACACAGAGCCUAGAAUGUUGGCUAAGAAAGUCCACCGUGUCCAGCGAGCUGUUCAGCUGUUCAGGCUCCUCAUGUCCACCCACGGAGUGACCCUGCAGAAUCACAUCGCCGAGAUGGACAGGACCGCCGACCAGAUCAGCAAGGCCUACAGCACGCUGAAGGCAGCGGGCGCCACCGGCGGCGCCACGAGGGCCGUGGGCAGUGCUGCGGCCAUAACGGGCAUCGUGCUGGCCCCCUUCACCAUGGGCGCCUCGCUGGCCAUCACGGCGGUGGGCGUAGGGGUGGUGGCGGCGGGCGGCCUCACCAAGGCGUCCAUCAAGAACAAGGUGGCCAUCAACCACGACAGAAGGGCGCUGGACGCCCUGGUGCAGGACUACCGCAAGAAGCUGGAGGACAUGGAGAGCUGCCUCCGCUUCAUCUACACGGGGAUGGAGCGCGUCGGACGGAACAACCUCUCCAUCUUGAAAGGCGUCGACAUGGACUCCAGGCAGGUGUCCAGCUUGCUGCAGCUGUCCGGAGAGGUGGCCCAGGGGCUGGGCGCGGCGGGCAAGUCGUCUGACCUCCUCCGAGGGUUCGCGGGGGGCAUCGGCACCUUCUACAGCAAGAAGGAUAACCGGCUCCUGAAGAAGGGCAAGGAGAACAAGUUUGGCAAAACGCUACGCAAGGUGGCAGGACGACUCCAAACCACACAAGACGAGCUGAGUCGCGUUGCAGAUUCACUUGGCAGGUUUUGAUGUUACAUAACCAGACGUAGGCACAUUUAGAGGACUUAUAAAAGAGUUGGCACUUUGUUGUCUUUUGUGGUAUUAAAGAAUUACGGUACGUGGCAUGUUCCACAACAAUGAAGUUAGAGAUGAAAUCCUGUUUCAUCAUAAAUUAAUCCUGAAAUUGUUAUUGUGAACUGUGAUUAACGUGUUUCAUAUAUCUUGACAUAAUGGAACAUAACACUUUGUUAAAUCAACACUGUUGCUGAAACAAUGCAGUUGUUAUGGCCCAUGUACACUGUUACAUGUACUUUUUAUUCUACAUUUUUUAAGUGUGUGAGUGGCUUCACAUUGCCCUCAGAUGUAGAUAAUGAUUUUUAUAUAUAUUAAGCUAUUUGAAUUAUACUAUUAUUACUGUGUAAAUUAAUGUGAAUCAGUAUGAUUCCUGUGGGGUAUACUACGAAUCUCGUUGAACAUAACCAGGUUUUCUUUGGAUAACCUGGAUUGCUAAAAACGAAAGUCGCAAUCAGAGUUGAGUGGUACUACGAAACUCACUCAAGGAUGAAUUUAUCAAACUAGGCUUUCAGCUCAGAUCUGUGCGCGUUCUCGUGGUUGGGGUGACUUUGACCAAUCGGGAAACGUGGAGACGCACAAGACAGCCUCGGUUAACCAACGAUUACUUCCGCAUUUAUGAACGGCACAGAAAUCUAGGGUGGUCUUUUUAGUGUCUAACCCAUAACAUCAAAAAAUCGAUGGUCAUCAAAUAUGGCAUGGUAUGCACGUCCAUAGUAGUGACAUAUUUGCACGCGCAACAUAGUUAAAAGCGCCUUCGAGAUUCAAAAUGUUUGCAGAGGCGGGGCUGAACCUGUUCGAAGUUUGACAGAUUAGCACACGUGAGAUGACUUCGUUAUCCAAGAUAAUGAAUUGGUUAGAAUUGGUCAGAGGGCGGUGAUUUUUCACGAUUUGAGCUAUAACUAAGCACAUAACCUGCUCCCGACCAGGUUUGGUUGCGAGCAUAAGAUACCAUGGUGACACAGCGACGCUAAAACAAAUCACCUUUCGUAUGACAGCAUACCCUGGCUUUGAGCGCAACAUACCUCGCUAACGCACUAAUCGAGAUUCGUAGUAUACCCCACUGAGAGACUGUUCCACUGUGCACAAACACCACUGUAAAUAAACACUUUUCCUGCAACUUCA